GUGCUAACUUAAACUGAUGCUCACCUUUGCGAAUUUCGAUGUUGAUUUGUCAACUAGCCCUUAAAAUUGUAGCGGAAUCAGCAGUUAAAGUCAUUCGGAUUUUUCACGAGGAAUCCUUCUGUCUCUAUUGUCUGAUAGUGGCGAGAAAUCCUCAGCCACCACAUCCUGGUUGACACUCAGUAUAAAGUCUUUGUUGAAUGAAUUUAUUUGGUGAUAGUUUUCGUCUUUUGAUUUCUCACUGCUCCUUUCUCAACCAGAUUUAAUCUGACAAUAUAUUUAAUCGAUUUAAUUUUCCCUCACUUUUAUUGCCUUCCAAACUGACUUGCUCCAUGCCUAUUUGUGUUACCGAUGUUAAUGAGGUUCGUAGUAUUACUGUAUCUCUGAAAGGCAGAAUAUAAUUAAUUUUGGUGAAUAGGCAAAUCUAUUAAUUUUUAGGAUCUUUCCCUAGGUCUUCCAACAUUUUAUAUCUGAGCCUUCUUCAUCCACCUAUUUAACUGGUUUCUCGAAUCAUGCAACUUUUUAUUGAUAUACCGAGAGAAAAACUUGAGUUGGGACAGACUUUUGUAAGUUUCUGAGCUGUCAAAAAAUUUCAUUUGGUCAUGACAACAAAAUAAAGCCUUAAAUUAUUCGUUUCAGUAAUUAAGUGGAAUUAACAGCUAAGAAACAUAGUUUUCCUUUUACGGUGAAUACUUAGACAAAGAUAGUUCUCCAAUUUAAUCGAGUGAUAGUGUGCUUAGACUUUACACUUUUGGCUCAACCAAACUUGAUCUCUUUACACUUUUAAGUAGAUUGUUAGGCUGAUAUCUGUGAAUUAAUUUACUGGAAGAACUUAAAGUUACCCUUAAUGACUUACUUCCUAUUUAACACUCCACUUUGGAUCGUUAGUUCAAUUUUUUCAUGAACGAACUCAGUAAGCUUUAAUUAUUUGUUAAGUUCAAAGAACAACGAUUCCAAGCCAUGCAUCAAAUUUUAAGACACCUACUAUACUCAUGCUAAAAUCAAGUCCUGAGCUCGUUAUUUACUUAUGUCGUAUAUUCAACUUAUUUCAUUAUGAUCUGGAGCAGUUUAAUUGGCCCACAGCCACACUUAACCUGCCGGACAUCCAACACCUCCCUGAAUGGGAGGUAGACACAGGUCCUCCGUCCUUAACUGAGGUUACUAAAGCUGUCACUAAUGUGAAACGAGGCAAAGCAGCGGGACCUGAUUUAUUGACUCCAGAGGUAUUUAAGUACGGUGGAGACAGUUUACUGUCUGCGUUAACGGAGGUUUUAGGCAACGUCUGGGAAUCAGAGGAAGUGCCAUCGGGUUGCUGUAAGUCACUGAUCAUCCCGAUAUACAAGAAGGGAGACAAGUCUUCUUGUGAUAAUCACAGAGGGAUUAGCUUGACUAAUAUAGUAUCCAAAAUCCUAGGCUCAAUAAUACUGCGUAGACUAAGUGGCGCUCGGGAGACACAAACACGAGAAAACCAGGCAGGUUUUAGGCCAGGUAGAGGGUGUAUUGAUCAUAUCUUCACCCUUCGACAGAUUCUAGAACAUAGGCAUUCCUACCGGCGUCCGACAAUCAUUAUAUUUCUCGACCUAAAGGCGGCAUUCGAUUCUGUCGACCGGGAGGUUCUCUGGCGAUGCUUGGCUGUAAAGCGAAUGCCAAGAAAAUACAUUGCACUGAUUAAGGCACUCUACUCGUACUCAUGCAGCCAGGUUAGGGCUUACGGCGAGCUGUCAUCUGAAGUGGUGACGACUAGUGGCGUCCGUCAAGGAUGCCCAUUAUCCCCAUUCCUAUUCAACUUCAUCAUAGACGUACUAAUGGACUUAACCCUAACACACUUCAGCGACUCAGGGAUUGACUUACUACUAGGGAAUAAUCUCGUUGACUUAGAAUAUGCAGACGAUAUAGUCCUUCUAGGCGAGGACGCUGACAAAAUUCAGUCUUCUGAACACCUUGAGCAGCAAUCUUCGUAUGUUUGGCAUGCGAUUCGCCCCUGUAAAAUGUAAGAUGAUGCUGCAGGAUUGGACUUCAUCGACCCCUAGAUUAGAAAUAGGAAGUGAAGUGGUAGAGCACGUUGACCGCUUCACUUACUUGGGAAGUACCAUCAGCCCCAACGGGUUGAUCUCAGACGAAAUCUCAGCACGAAUACAGAGGGCUAGUUUCGCAUAUGCUAGUUUACGCUGUCUCUGGCGUAGACGUGAUAUCCGGCUGUUGACCAAAGGACGUGUGUACUGUUCAUCAGUCCGCUCCGUCCUCCUUUAUGGCUGUGAGACCUGGCCAUUGAGAGCAGAAGACAUGAAAAGAUUAGUUGUCUUUGAUCAUAGGUGCCUGCGUUCGAUCUCCCGAGUGAAGUGGUAUAAUAAGGUGAGCAAUAUUGACGUUAGGCGUCGAGUGCUAGG